GGCAAGCGAUCCAAAAUGUAAGGUCAGUCACCUUUACUUUACUGUUGUGCGGAAAAGAUGAAUUCCAGAGCUCUCUUCAUCUUUGCCAUCCUCUCCUUCUUCGCCUUCUCUGCUUUUGCACAAGAAAAUGGGGAAGACCCUGGUCUUCUCAUGAACUUCUACAAGGAUUCAUGCCCUCAAGCUGAAGAUAUCAUCAGGGAGCAAGUCAAGCUUCUCUACAAGCGCCACAAGAACACUGCAUUCUCCUGGCUAAGGAACAUUUUCCAUGACUGUUUUGUCGAGUCAUGUGAUGCUUCAUUGCUGCUGGACUCAACCAGGAGAGUCUUGUCCGAGAAGGAGACAGACAGGAGCUUUGGUAUGAGGAACUUCAGAUACAUUGAGGACAUCAAAGACGCUGUGGAAAGAGAGUGCCCUGGAGUUGUUUCCUGUGCUGAUAUACUGGUGUUGUCUGCCAGAGAUGGCAUCGUUGCUUUGGGAGGCCCAUAUAUUCCACUUAAAACUGGAAGAAGGGAUGGCAGAAGGAGCAGAGCAGAGAUUCUUGAGCAGCAUCUCCCGGAUCACAAUGAGACCAUGACCGUUGUCCUUGACCGAUUUGGAUCUAUUGGUAUUGAUGCCCCUGGAGUUGUUGCCUUGUUAGGUGCUCACAGUGUGGGCAGAACCCACUGUGUGAAGCUGGUUCACCGUCUAUACCCAGAGGCUGAUCCAGCAUUCCCAGCUUCCCAUGUAGAGCACAUGCUCAAGAAGUGCCCUGACACGAUCCCUGAUCCAAAGGCAGUCCAGUAUGUGAGAAAUGACCGUGGGACACCCAUGAUAUUGGACAACAAUUACUACAGAAACAUAUUGGACAACAAGGGAUUAUUGCUCGUGGACCACCAAUUGGCUAAUGACAAAAGAACCAAACCCUACGUCAAGAAAAUGGCCAAGAGCCAAGACUACUUCUUCAAGGAGUUCUCUAGAGCCAUCACCAUUCUCUCUGAGAACAACCCUCUUACAGGAUCAAAGGGAGAGAUCAGAAAACAAUGCAAUCUUGCAAACAAGCUCCAUUAAAGGGUUUGCAUUGCUGUAAAAAUCCCACCUUUUUUCUUCUCUGAUGUAUGCGUUCAGGAAGGAGAAGAAAGGGAGGAUUGACCAAUAAAUUUGAGGUUCACACGCCAGUGGCUGUGACCCAUGUUGAUAUUACGCACUAUUUGUCUUGUAGGUUUUAUGUAUUUCGUUGUUGCUUGAUUGCCUGUGAGCUGUGACCUUCCAAGGUCGAUCUUAGUAAUGAUCAUGGUGAAUGUUCGCGUGGAUCAUGAUGUAUUGUUGAUGAUGAUGGUGAUUGUGAUAGAUUAAUAUGCAGCAUUUGCAAUGUGAUGGUUGCUUUAGCAGAUUUGAAGAUUAAA